UCACUGCUCUUUGCACACCUUUCAACUAACCCAACUACUCUCCACACUCCACUCCUUCACUUUGUCUCAGAUCUUUGAGCCACUCCCAGCGUUACAAACAUACUAAAAAAAUAAUGCCACUCUUCCAUACUUCCACAUUCUCUCUGAUAUUUCCACUCCUCUUCCUCUUCUUUGUACUCUUCACUAGUUCACCCUACUCCGCCGCCGCACGAAGCCACCGUGCAGACGCCUCCACACCCUCAGAUCUCGUCCGGUCAUCAUGUGUCCACGCCAGUUACCCAAGCAUCUGCAUCAGAACGCUGUCGUCUUACUCUGGCCCAGCCGUGACCCCUCGCGACCUAGCCCAAGCCUCCGUCAAGGUUAGCCUGGCUCGCGCCAGCAGAGUGUCCAAGUACCUGAACCGACUCUCCACCUCCCAACAAGGAGGAUCGAAACGGCAGCGAGCGGCGCUGAGAGACUGCGUGGAGCAGAUAUCUGACUCGGUGGAUGAGUUGAGCAGGACUCUGUCCGAGUUGAAACACCUCCGCGGCGAAACGUUUAGGUGGCAGAUGAGUAACGCUGAGACUUGGGUGAGUGCGGCCAUGACCAAUGAAGACACUUGCCUUGAUGGAUUUCAGGACGUUGAUGGGAAACGCAAGUCUGAUGUGAGGCGUAAGAUCACUAAUGUGGCUCGAGUCACUAGUAACGCUCUGUACAUGAUCAAUCGCCUUGAUGAAAGUCGUGGUAGGUCCGGAUCCAUUCCUUGAUCAUGGAUUGGACGGUCCGGAUUCUCUGUUGCCACAUCCUCAUCCUACUCCACUUCGCGCUGCUACUGUCCUCUCCAUCGUGUUCGUGUGUUUCUACUCUUUUUGUAGUUUUCUUUUUUUCUUUUUUAAUUGUCUUUCCAAUUUUCCUUCAAGCUGUAUGUUUGUAUGUAUUAUAUAUAACAUUAAUAUAUAUAUAUAUAUAUAUCGUAAAUUCUAUGCAAUA